AAAAGCCAAUGUGCUCAGCGAGGACUGUGGCAGGAGACCGAGCAACCAGCAGUAAGACAGUAAAAAAUCCCUGACAGCAGAACUUUUGUCCAGGAUGCAAACUUUGGCCUCUUUGUGCGCUCUUCUCUUGCUCCUCUUCUCUGUCCAUGCAGAUGUUGUGGAACGUUUUGAGGAUGUGCCAGAAUGCAUGAAAUAUUUCUAUAAAGAGAAAGUGCCACAGUGGGGGGCUUCCACAGCUGGUGCUGCCCGUCUCUGUCAGCGCUUCAUUAACAGGUACCACUUUGCCACCCUGUAUGACACCAACCAUCGUAUUGCUGUCUACUCUGCCUAUCGUUUCCAGCCCAGCAAUGGAGGUGGCAGGGAGAGACGGUGGUUUGUGGAACCUCAGCUGGUAGACAUGUCCUGGCAAGCAGAGAUGAAGGAUGGCUACUGGCUGGGUCAAGACAACCCUGGGGUCUACCUCGGAGAGAAACAGGCUCUGAAUGAGGACUACACACACUCUGGAUUUGACCGUGGUCACCUCAACCCCAACGGACACCAUGCAGUCCCGAGCCGCAAUGCUACUUUUACCCUGACCAAUGUGGUUCCCCAGAACCCCAAGCUGAACCAGAACGCCUGGAGGAUCCAUGAGUCCCAGCUCACUGACCUUUUCCGGGACAAGUGCUCCACGGCCUAUGUGCUGGUUGGAGCCGUUCCCUCUGCAGACAACUGGAUUGUGAAAAACAAUGUGAAGCGUGUCAACAUCCCAGACUAUCUGUGGAACGCCUACUGCUGUGUGGACAACAAUGGCAGAACCAUCCACAGUGGUGCUGCCACAGCGAGGAACACAGAGGUCAACUGGGUGGAGAAGCUUUCACUGGAUGAACUGGGAGAAUUCCUUCAGCAGUUCUCCAGUCAGCCAGUAGGGGAGCUGUUUUACAACAACUGCAGGGCGUAAAAGAUAACAAAUGGACGACAAGAAAUAAUUUUAGGGGCCACUGACCUUUAAUGUUACAUAACAAUUGUAAAACCACAAAAGAUAUUUGUUAUUGAUACAAGUGUGGUGAUAAAGUAACAUCAAAUUGUGUUUUACACUGUUUUCGGCAGAGUAAUAAACCUCUUAUUAUUAUUCUCAUUCAACCACAAAUAACAGAGGGAUACUACGACUGUAUACUUGUCUCUUUCAUUGACAGUAAAAUCAAAUGGCAAAAUACACAACUGAAAAACACAGUGUGUCUGUCUUACAAAUACAGCCUGAAUCAACUGCCAUGUGCUGUCACAUACUAUACAAACUAAUGAAUAAAUGAAUAAAUGAAUGAA